CGAACCAGACUGAACCAGACAAGCUCUGUUGAAAAAUGAUACAUAUGUUGGAAACGAACAGAAACUCCGGACACGAGCUUUAAAGGACAUCAUGCAUGAAAAAAACAGGAUUAAUUCUAGCAAAGUUACUCACUUGUUGCUGCAGUGGUCCUUGACUCUCCUGUGGCUGUUCGCCAUCUGGUGUGGUCCUUUCAACAAGAUGCUGGGAAUGUCUCCUCUUCACAUGAUGAUAGAAUGAGUUGUACACUCGAUAUUCCUCUGUACACCCGUCAAUACCACAGAGCAACCUGAAGUCAGGACUGCGGCUGUGCAUUCGAUUGAUGUGGCUCAGUAAAAGUUUCAUUGAAAAAGUGACGAAAAUGAGGCAGAUGACGCAGCGCCAAAUCAUUUUGAAAAUUUCAAAAAUUAAAUCCAAAGCUUAAACAAGUCGAAAUGUUCCUGGAGCAUCUGAGAGCGGGAAAAAAACAAUCUCGCUGAAGCGUUUAAAUACGGGCUGUUCCAUUGUCCGUCAGUGCAGGGGAGAUUUAUGAAUUAAGUUCUUUUUUAUUAUUAUAUAUAACGUAAGGAGGAGCUAGUUGCAGUGAUACAUUUUUAAAUAUCCUUCAUGAAUUUCAAAAUUUCACUCCAUAAGUUAAUAAAAGUCUCCCUUCCUACAAUAUUUACAACAUAUACGUCAACCCAGAACGUCACAUGGGACGUUCCAAGUGCGCCAAAGCGACAGUGACGGAGCAGUGGCGGUCAGUUGCGGCGGACCUGUGCUGUUUGAAUUUGAGCGCUGGGAAUCCUCAUAAACGGACAACGACAUGGAAGACGAUGGAAGUGCUUUUUCGGGGAUGGAUACCACAACAGUUGCAGUACUGAAAGCUGCUAAUGUCAGCACAGACAUGCUUUCCAGUCUCUCCAAGGAGGACUUGCGAGACCUCUUUCCAGGGCCUGAGCACUUUAUCCGAAGGAUGGCCAUUUGGAGGACCAUACAUGGUGGAAAUGAGUAUGAACAAUUAGCCUACAACAACCAGCCUCACCCAGGCACCUCUGGAUGUGAUGCCACCUCUAUUCCCACUACCCCAACCCCAUCCACCCCUCCAUCCAUCCCCGCACCAGGAGACAGUGCCAGCAGAACUGUACAGCUUGUAUGUCCACAGUUUGUUGUUUACACAGACACAGAGUUGGAGCAGUCGAGAACCGCCUAUUUUGAAAAGCAACGUGCUGGACAAGAAGGCGACUAUACACUCUCCAAAGAGCUUCGCUGCCGCUUAAUAAGGAAUACAGUAACAAGCAUGCUUGCCAUUAAGACAGCUGCUGAGGAUGACUUCCAAUAUCCAUGCUGCAGAGAGCUAUCUGCGAUGGCUAAGCGUCUCAUUGAGUACUACCCGAUGCUGCGGGACAGAACUGCAGCCAGUGGAGAUGAGUGGAAAUCUGUCAAGAAGCAGCUUUUGAAAAGGGUCCAGAACGUGACACCCCCAAAAAAGAGACAGGGAGCAACUCCCUCAAGAAAGAGGCAACGAGCCAUCAUCAAUGAGAGCAGCAGCAAGGAGUCAUCCACUGAUGACAGUGGGUCCACUGCUUCAACUUUGAUCUUGGAAAGAUCACCACAGUCUGGAGGCAGUUCCCCAGAGGCUGAACAGUUGGAUGUACCAGCUUCAGGUUCUGGUCCUGGUGGUUCAUCUGGAAAGAGGAGACAGAGAGAGGACACUCCUGUUGACUUAACACUUCAGACUAAUUCAUCUGAAAGGCCUGAAACUUCUGACAGCCUUCAGAACCAGGCCAGACACUACGGAGUUCUGCAGGAGCUGUACAAAUCCAGGCCCAGACCCAACAAGAAGGAUGUUGCCCAACUGUUGGACCUGGAAUACCAAGCAAGACGGGCUUACAUCAACUCUGAUGUGAUGAGGGAACAGGACAAACCGACCAAGAUACUUCAAGCAUAUCCCUGCUUCAGAGAAGUGGAUCAUAUAAUGGAUGAACUGCAGCGGAUCCUCGAUCAAGGAAACUCUCACUUCAUACCUGAUCUGAAGAAGCGCUGGGGGACCUUUUGUACGAAGAUCCAGUUUUAUGGAGUUUUCAAAAAAGUCAUGAGACCUCCAGUGGCGGAUGAAGUUAAGCAAGCCAUUGCCACAAUGAAAGCUUUGCCUGACAUCUUUCCAUCACCUUUUGCUCCACCCAAGAAGUUAGGGCAUGCGAGUGAGGCUAUGCUUCACAUCCUCAAGUCUGCAGAAGAUGCCAACACCUUUCUUCAAACCAGACCACUCUCCAGCCCUGUGGUGAUUGUCACUGAGACCAACUGCAUUCUGGCCAUCGGUACCAUUCCUGUGCUGACCUUCCCAAAGGAGGACAUCUCUGACAGUGUGAUGUACAUCAUGGCAUGCUACUACACCUUUCACCUCACAUACCCAAAGUGCUUGGCCACACUCCUGUCUGUACUCCAGACUGAAGUCCUCAUGGAUGCCAUUCAUGACAAAGACAUGACGUCUUCAUACAAAAAAGCCAUGGCUGAGUGGAGGAAGUUCAUCACUGAGUAGGCUUGUACACUGAGCUCCAGUUCCAGGAAAAGUUUUGUGGUUUGUUUAGUGCGAGAGCAAGGCACUUUCUCGUGUCAAAUGUUUAUUUUAGUUUAUUAUUCAGUUUACACAUCUGUCCAUUCAUUUUUUUCAACGGCUGUUGUAGCUGCAUGAAUGGUCGUGUUGACAGUAUCGAUGUGUUUUAUUUUCUGAAACCUUUUGGAUAAUCAUUGUGAUAAGUAAUUAUCAUGGUUUGUUCUGUUCAUGUGCACCAUGAAUAUAAUAAAGAGGGGAAAAGAAAU